GAAUAAACCGCCUACCACAAAAAUACCAGCCAGCCAGCGGCCAUUGUAUCUCAGAAUAUCUGUCUAGCGUGUCGGGAGAAAAUUGACGUUCUGCGAGUGCUAGUUCUGUUUCUAUUUAGAUGGCAAGCUUCCCAGAUUCUGUAAACGAAAAUGACAUAGGUAAGGCUAAGCCCAUCGGUGAACUCUUGGUGCCUGUUGCUCCUUUUGACCAGAAGUCCGGGCGGGAGGCCUGGUCAGUGGCCUUUGCCCCUGAUGGCUCCUACUUUGCUUGGUCACAAGGCCACCGUAUCGUGCGGCUCGUACCCUGGUUCAGAUGCCUCAGCAACUUCUCUGGGGGCAGUGCGGACGCUCCGAGCGGGGCGGGGCCUCGGCGGCUGUCGCGGCAGAACAGCGACGGGAGCCUGGCUCCCAGCAUGCCGCGGGAGCACACCAUCGACUGCGGCGACGUCGUCUGGGGGCUGGCCUUCGGCUCGUCAGUGCCGGAGAAGCAGAGCCGCUGCGUCAACAUCGAGUGGCACCGCUUCAAAUUCGGCCAGGACCAGCUGCUGCUCGCCACGGGCCUCAGCAACGGCCGCAUCAAGAUCUGGGACGUCUACACGGGCAAGCUGCUUCUGAACCUGAUGGACCACACUGACAUCGUGCGGGAUUUGACCUUUGCCCCCGACGGCAGCCUGGUGCUGGUGUCCGCGUCCCGGGACAAGACCCUGCGCGUGUGGGACCUGAAGGACGACGGGAACAUGGUGAAGGUCCUGCGGGGUCACCAGAACUGGGUGUACUGCAGCGCCUUCUCGCCCGACUCCUCGGUCCUGUGCUCCGUCGGGGCGGGGAAAGCGGUGCUCCUGUGGGACAUGGAUAAGUACAGCCUGAUCCGGAAGCUGGACGGUCACCAUAACGACGUGGUCUCCUGCGAGUUCUCGCCCGACGGGGCGCUGCUGGCCACGGCGUCCUACGACACGCGCGUCAUCGUGUGGGACCCCCACCUGGGCACCGUGCUGCUGGAGCUGGGGCACCUGUUCCCUCCCCCCUCGCCGAUAUUCGCCGGCGGAGCCAAUGACCGCUGGGUACGCUCUGUGGCCUUCUGCCACGACGGGCUGAGCAUCGCCACCAUCGCUGACGACAGGCUGGUCCGGUUCUGGAGCAUUGAGGAGAGCUCCCCUCAGGCCCUGGCUGCCCUGCCCAGCGGGCUCUGCUGUGCCUUCUCUACUGACGGCAGCGUGCUGGCUGCAGGGUCCCGGGACGGCAGCGUGCGCUUCUGGGCGUCGCCCCGCUCCAUUGCCAGCCUGCAGCACCUGUGCCGCAUGGCGCUGCGGAGGCUGAUGCCCACGCAGCAGGCGCAGGCCCUGCCCGUCCCCGCCCGCACGGUGGAGUACCUGUGCUACAGGAUCGUCUAAACGCCCCGCACCCCGCCAGGCCCCACCCCCAGGCCCCGC